UUUAUGCAAAAUUGGACAAAUUGUCUCCUUCUCCCAUCACCUAUAUAUAACCCCUUCCUUCCUUCACCAUUCUACUCUUACAUUACCUUUCUCCUUUUUCCCGCCUCUUUCUCUCUUCAUUUUCUUUCUCUAUAACUGCAAUUUUUUUCACUUUCCGCCGCUAAAAAUAGCUUAAAGACGCUAACUAGAACCGUUUUUCGCAUCUGGGUGUUUAUAAAGCUUUCAACUUUUGCAAUCAUAGCCGUUUUUUAAUAAUGUGUAAUUAGAUUAAACUUUUGGGUAUUGCUUAAACUUAAGGUUUAUCAAGUAAUUUGAACAUAAUUUGGUAAAUUAGUGGGGGGAAAUUUGUUGACCCACUACGAUUAAAUUGAAGGACUUUACCAAAAAAUGCCAUUGCUCUAUAAAGGAUAUAUCUUAUGGGAGUUUUUCUCUAUUCUUGAAGUGAAAUUCUGUAUUGGGAAAAGUUUCUAUUUUUGGAUUUUUCAGAUUGUUAACAGGUAUAUAAUGGGUACUUAGCUAUAGUUUUUGAUGCCCAUCAACUGUUUGUGGAAUUGCUUCUUAGAGUGAGUGUACUCUUGUGUUUUGUUUCCCCUUUGCUAGAGGUAAACUUGAUAGUUAGAGUCUGUUUUGUGGGAGUGAUACAAUGGGAGGUGCAACAUUGCCACCGGGUUUUCGGUUUCAUCCUACUGAUGAAGAAUUGGUUGGUUACUACUUGAAAAGGAAGGUUGAACGGCUAGAAAUUGAGCUUGAAGUGAUUCCUGUGAUCGAUUUUUAUAAGUUUGAUCCUUGGGAAUUACCAGACAAGUCAUUUCUACCUAAAUGCGAUAUGGAGUGGUUCUUUUUCUGUCCAAGGGAUAAGAAAUAUCCAAAUGGAUCACGCACAAAUAGAGCCACUAGAGCUGGCUACUGGAAAGCUACUGGAAAAGACCGGAAAGUGGUAUGCGAGUCUUCGGUAACUGGAUAUCGGAAGACCCUUGUUUUCUACCAAGGACGAGCGCCUUUAGGAAGUAGAACUGAUUGGGUGAUGCAUGAAUAUCGUUUGUGUGACGACAUGGCACCAAAUUCUCAAGGAGCGUUUGCCUUGUGUCGGGUGGUUAAAAAGAGUGGAUUCAAUGAAGAUGUGAAAGGUAAAAGGGCUGGAAGCAGUUCAAGCAACAAAGAGCUAAUCUCUACUGAAGUUUCACACGAGCCUUUGAGCAUCUCCGGUGAAUAUCAGUAUAAUAGCAGCAACUAUUCCACCCCUAUUUCUUCUCCUUACAUCACUCCAAGGGCAGAUUUUGAGACAACGGCAUCAAUGACCUCACAGUCUCAGAGCAUGUGGGUUUCGCCUGAAUUUAUCCUCGAUUCCUCUAAGGAUUACACACAAGGGCGAGGAAUAUCAUCUGAUUAUUUUCCCCAAUGUGAUAUUCAAAAUCAAAUGGCAACUUCAUGGCAGCCAUAUCAACAAGGUAUUUCUCCAAGUUCAUCAUACUCAACUUUCACGGAGAUUGAACAUGUCGAUGAUCUUAGUCGAAUUGGCUGCAUGUCACCAUAUUCUACUCACAUGGAUUACAUAGGACUUGAUGGAAAUGUGGGUGUCCUUUAUGAUGGAUAUGAUCCAAUUAACCCUCUAAGUUAUCAGAACCCCUUCUGAAACCAAAUAGAAUCCUCAGUUUGUGAGACUCAAAAUAGUGCUACAGCACUAUCUGGUCUUUGAAGUUCAAAAGUAUGGCUUAAACAGGGCUAAAUGACUCAGUUUUAACUUUAUUGCCUUGUAAUAUGUAAAAUUUUUCAAGACCAACACCUUUUUCGGCAUUCUUGGAUUAUUAUAGUUGGAAGUUUGAACUACAAAUGCUUGUAAUAGAUAUAUAUCAGCUUGAUUACUAUUAUGUGUUCAAACUCGUAAGGAAUAUCUCCUUGUAACAAUCACUUCUGCUGAUUUCCUUAGUAUUUAAUUAAUCAGCCCUUCGUAUGUUGUGGUAUAUCUUCCCUUUUAUACUUAUGGAAUAAACUUAUUUGUAAGAGUAGCUCGUGUACAUUUUCCGUUUUUUGAAUUUAUGUCAUGUCUAAUUCUGUAGUUACUGUUACUCGACAAUCUCUUUUAUGAUAAUCCUGAAUUGAUCAACUACGAUGUUUGGUUACCUUUUGCAUUUUAAUAUGACAAAGUAUUCGUUCAGUAAGAAAUCUGUUAGAAAAGUAAACCGACAAUCUUGUAGAACUGUUGUCGAUCCACACAACUUUUAAGGGCUUGACGAAUUAGGCUGUCUGAGUAAACUAGCGUCCUUUGAAA